ACGCGCAGUGAUAGGUUUAAUAUAUCAUCAGUCAAUCGCUGUAGCCACAUUUUCACAGACGGUGCUUACACUUUAUAUUUACAUUUUCUGACGAAAUAUAGAGCUGGCCGGCGCAACAGCGAUUUGUAAGCAAUACGAAAGGAGCAGAAAACUGCAGCGCCAAACAAACGUCGCUUUUAAUGAGCCCAGACGAGCUGAGAUGAGAUUCAAGAAGGGAAGGAAUGAAGUUUAUACGCUGAUAUAAACUGCAGAAUUAACAAGAAGAUCCCUUAGCAACAGGAAUUAAAACGUUAUUGCUGGAUGCUGCUUAGACUCAAGUAUUCAGUCGAGCCGAUGGUUCAACUUUGAGGAGGCUUUGAGGAGGCUCUGCAGUGGACAUCGCUCGCGGGAAAUGAUGAAGGCGAGAGGAAGCAGUGCAGACUCAAGGAGGCUGUGAGGGGAUGCUGUGACACAUUCAACAGCAUUCAGCGGAGUCAGCACGUUGUGUUACAUCUAUGGACUGCGGUGGUGGAUGUGAGCGACCUGAGGAGCAUGGGGUCAGUAUUCGUUGAAGAACGGCGGUGCAUGGCAAUGGUUUUAAAGGGCACAUCUCGAUCAGAGAAACCUACCAAGUACUAACUCUACUGGAUUUAACCCAAAGAGAGGCUGUUGAAAACCCAUGUGGUUUAGACAUUUCCUUCCCGGAUGUGUAUACUAGGCUUGUUUUAUGUGUCCAGCACAACAUAUCACCGGUGGUAGAUUUAUCCCCUAUUUCGUUACAGAUUUUUUAGAAGAUUUGUUCUCUUUCAGCACCCCUCCCCCCUUUUUUUGCACCUGCUUUGCGUUGUCAAAGCUUACCGAGCGCUUUAGAGCGCGCUGCUCUUUACUUGCAUCUCCGUACAUCGUGCAUGGAUUCUACAUGAACUGGGGGUUUUGUGAGGGCUGCAGUGAUGCUCCCAUUUACUGUUAUCGCCUCACAGCUCGCAUUUCCUAACAGAAAUGGACUGCCAAUAGAUUUUUGGGAAGAGAAAAUCAGCAGGCAUUAAAUUAUGAAUGUUGAACAAGAUGACCUCUUACCAUCAGUGCCAGAUGUUGAGAGGUCCUAGAUGGAAAGGGGCUUGGUCUGACCCCCUGUUUCUCCUGCUUUUAGCCCUGCAGUUGCUUGUUGUCGCUGGAUUGGUACGAGCCCAAACCUGUCCUUCCGUAUGUUCCUGUAGUAAUCAAUUUAGUAAGGUAAUCUGCACACGCAGAGGGCUAAAGGAUGUCCCUGAUGGCAUCUCCACCAAUACACGGUAUCUAAACCUUCAGGACAAUCAGAUCCAAGUCAUCAAAGUAGACAGUUUCAAGCAUCUACGACACCUUGAGAUUCUUCAGCUUAGUAGAAACCACAUCCGCAACAUUGAGAUUGGCGCCUUCAAUGGGCUGACCAGCCUUAACACUCUGGAGCUUUUUGACAAUCGCCUCACGACCAUCCCAAAUGGCGCCUUUGAGUAUCUAUCAAAACUGAAAGAGCUGUGGCUUAGGAAUAACCCUAUUGAGAGCAUACCGUCUGAUGCCUUCAGUCGCUUGCCCUCCCUGCGGCGGUUAGACUUGGGAGAGCUGAAGCGUCUCUCCUACAUUUCGAGUGGAGCAUUUCAGGGCUUAAGUAACCUUCGGUACCUGAAUCUGGGCAUGUGUAACCUCAAAGAGGUCCCCAAUAUUCAGCCCUUGAUUCGCUUGGAUGAGCUGGAGAUGUCUGGGAACCAGCUCACCGUCAUUCAGCCCAGUUCUUUUAAGGGUCUCGUUCAUCUUCAGAAGCUGUGGAUGAUGCACGCCCAAGUCCAAACCAUAGAGCGAAACUCCUUUGAUGACCUGCACUCUUUACGAGAGCUCAACCUGGCUCACAACAACCUUACCUUUUUGCCCCAUGAUCUCUUCACGCCUUUGCACCACCUGCAGCGAGUGCAUUUGCAUCACAAUCCCUGGAACUGCAACUGUGACGUUCUUUGGCUGAGCUGGUGGCUGAGAGAGACCGUACCUACAAACACCAGCUGCUGCGCCCGCUGCAAUUCCCCUCCCAGCCUCAAGGGGCGCUACAUUGGUGAGUUAGACCAGAGCUACUUUCAGUGCUACGCACCCAUUAUUGCCGAGCCACCUUCCGACCUCAAUUUGACUGAAGGAAUGGGGGCAAAACUGAAAUGUCGGACGAACUCAGUGACCUCAGUCAGCUGGCUAACUCCAAAUGGCUCCAUCAUAACACAUGGGGCUCUCAAGAUGCGCAUCUCUGUCCAAAACGACGGAACAUUAUACUUCACCAACGUCACCAUACAGGACACAGGAACCUACACUUGCAUCGUAAGCAACACACUAGGCAACAUUUCGGCCUCUGCUGUCCUCAACGUGACGUCCAUUGACAACAGUGGCUUUAGUUACUUCACUACGGUCACCGUAGAGAUAGUUGAAACCUCUGUCGAUGGGGAGAGUAGGACACCGGUGCAGCCUUCUUUUGGCUGGGCCUCCUCUUCAACCACAAGGGGAACACCUAUUGCCACAGAGAAAGCAUACACCAUUCCUGUGACCGACAUAGACAUUGAUGGGGCUCUCAAUGGUUUGGAGGAGGUGAUGAAAACCACCAAGAUCAUCAUUGGCUGCUUUGUUGCCAUCACGCUCAUGGCCGCCGUGAUGCUCAUAAUUUUCUACAAGAUGCGCAAACAGCACCACCAGCAGGAUCAUGAUGGGCCGACCCGCACCAUGGAGAUCAUCAGUGUACAAGAGCUGACGAGUGUUCCUGCUAUAGAGAGUCACCUGGCUCUUUCGCCCCUGGAGCAUGAGCAUUACAACCCCUAUACCUCCUAUACCUCCUACAAAACUGCUUAUAACCAUGUGUCAGCUCUUAACUCACUGCAUAGUUCAGUGCAUGAACCAUUACUAAUCCAAGCCAGCUCAAAGGAUAACGUGCAGGAGACUCAAAUUUGA